AUGCUGAGAAAUAUAGGGAAGCAAUCUUAUAAAACUUCUGAAGAAGAGAAAAAAAAAGAAAAAAAUGAGAUUUUUAACAAAAGAAUACAAAAAGAAAUAAAAAAAUUAAAAGAAUCAAAAAUAAUAGAUGAUGUAAAUGUGUAUAUAACUUUAAAUGAAAAUAACAAUGAUAAUGAAAAUGAUCAUUUUAGUUCUGAUAUAAUUAGGCAUAAAUAUCUGUGCUUAAAUGAAACUUUUAGUGAAUCAUAUUUUUUAAAUGAAACUUUUUUUUUAAACAAUUUUAUAAAUCAUUUGAAAAAUUUUAAAAAAAAUAACAUGAUAAUAUAUUCACAAGAUGAGGGAGAUUCUUGUAUAUAUGAAGAAUUAAACAAAUAUUAUCAAUAUAAGGAUGAGUUAUGCCCGUUUUAUGAUAUAUUUGAAUUUUUUAAUUUUCAGCAUAUUUUUGAAAAUGUUUCAUCAUUUUUAGGUGAUAUAAAUUAUUUCAUGGAAAUUUUUGAAAUUUUUAAAAGUGGAUUUAUAAAUGAACAAAAUAUUUUUAAUAAUACUAACGAAAGUAUAAGAGAUAAUUAUGAAAAUAAAGAAAAUAAUGAAUUUUUUACUAAUGUAUUUUUUGAAAUUUUAUAUAAGGAUUUCAUAAGUCAUCUUUCAAAAAUCCAAAGAGAAUUAAUAAAUAAAAUAUUGCAUUCUGAUGAAUAUGAAAAGGAAUAUUUUUAUCAAAAUUUUUUAUCAUUUUAUAAUAAAUAUUAUGUAAUAAAAGAAAGUGUAGUUUAUUCAUUUUUCAUUUUUCAUGACUAUCCUUUUAGCGAACCAUUUAUUAAUUUAGAUCAUUUACCAUUUUGUAUAUUAAAAAAAAAAAGUCAGAGGAAAAUAAUGGGAGAUAAAUAUAAUAAGAAAAAUAUUCUUAAAAUUUUAUUAAAUGCAAAAUGGAUUCCGAAAAUUACGUUAGAAAAUUUAUUUGAAGAAUCAAAAAAUUUUGUAGAUAAACUUUUUUUUUAUUAUCAAUAUAAAUUAUAUCUUUUUUAUUAUUAUUUAAGUAAACAUAAAAUAUUUUCACUGUUAUUUGAAAAUAAUUUUACAAUAUGCUUUAGUACAUAUAAUAUUAUAUAUUCUUAUGUAUCUAAAGUAGAUAAAAAAUUAGUUACUAAAAAAAAAGGAAAAAAAAACUAUUCGAAUUUAUUGUAUAUCAUUAACAAUUCUGAAUAUAUUAAUCAAGAUGUUAUUUUAUAUAAAUCUUUUUAUUCAUACAAAAAAUUAAAAAAUAAAAAUUAUGAAAUAGAUGAAGAGAAAUAUUCUACAAGAAUUAAAAAAAAAAAAAAGUAUGAAUAUUGUAUAUAUUUAUUCUUUCUUAUAUUUAUUAUUUUUCUUCCCAUGUUAAUUAAAAAUAUAUAUAUAUAUAGAACAGAUGAAAUUAACAAUUACUUAAAUGAUGAACAUAAUUUUGAUAAUUUUUAUAAAAGUAAAAGUAAUAUUUCAAAUUAUCAUCCUUUAUUCUAUGCAUAUAUAAACAUACUCAGAAAAUUCAAUUUAGAUAAAAAAGAAAACGCUAUAAUUGAAAAGGAUUUUAACAUAUCAAGGGAUGAACAUCUCAAUACAAAUAGAGAAAAAAAUCAAUCUGAAAAUAAAGAAAAGCAAAAAAAAUAUAUGGAUAAUAAUAUUGAUAUUUUUGAUUUAAAUGAAAAAGAAAAAGAAAAAAAAAAAAAAAAGGUUACUAAUUCAUUAAGUGUAAAUAAUGAUAGCAUAAAAAUAAGCAAUAAUCAAAUUAAUAAGGAACAACCGAAAUAUAAAAUUUAUAAAAAGAAAUUUUUUUUAAUAGCAUUUUUAUCUAUUUCCGAAUUCUUUUUUUUUUCUUUAGGUAUAAUAUAUAAUUUACAAUUAUUACGAAAAAAAUUUGAGUAUCAUAACUUCUUUGUAAAUAUUUGUUCUUCUUUGCUAAUAUUAUAUAACCCCAUCUUAUUUUCUAGUAAUAUAAAUUAUAUAAAUGUAAUAUCUAUUGGAUUAUUAUAUUGGAGUAUUAAUUUGAUUCUUUUAAAAAAGAUAUUUCUGUCUAUUACACUUUAUUUUUUAUCUAUAUAUUUUAAUAUCAUAAAUAUCAGCUUUUUUCUUUCCUUUUUAUUUAUUUAUGUGUAUAUUAAUAGUAGAUACGUAAUAAAAAGAGGAAAUAAAAUUAGUAGCGAAUUUAAAAACAAAUAUGAAGUUUUCAAAUGUAUUAUUAUUUAUGUUCUAUUAUUUAUAAUAUUAAGCUAUAUAUUAAUAUAUAUUCUUUGUGAUAAGAAAGAAUUUUGGAUAAGUAAUAUCAAAAAUUGUUUUAAUUUUUUUAAUAAUUAUUUUAAUGAUACUGAAAACAGAUUUAGGGGUAAUAUAUGGAAUAAUAUGCAGUUAAUUAAUAAUAAUAUCAAAUUCUCUUUCAUUAAUUAUAUUCCUUUUUUUUUAAUUUUAAUUUUUAAUUAUUUUUUUGUUAUAAAUACAAUAAUUAAAUUUUAUGGUUCAUUGUUGUUUUCUUCUAUAGUAUUUUUACUUAUCUCAGCUAAUAUGAACAAUUUUUUAUUAUUAUGUAUAACAGUACAAUUAUUACUCUUUAUUAAUGCGAUUGGUAGUUCAAGCAUAUUACUAAAUGUAGUUUUUUCUUCUUAUAUAAUUAUAACUAAUAAUGGCUUCAACAUUUAUAUUUUUGUUUUAACUUUAAUAUAUUUUCUUUUUCAUAUAUAUUUAAUGUAUCCAUCGAAUAGUUUCUCUAAGAAUAUCAAUAAUCAAGUAAAAAUAAUAAUAGAAUUAAUUAAAAAUCUUUUUUAUUUUAUCAUAACAAAUUUAGUUCUUUUAUAUGAAACAAGUAUAAAAAAUUUGGCAAUGUCUUUUGUUAUAAUAUUUGUUUCUGUAUCAUUUAAUACCUUAUCUAAUGGGAAAAAUAUUCGAAAUGUGAUUAAAAAAAAAGAAAUACAAAAAAAAAUUAUUUUUUGUUUAUAUUCUCAUAUAAAUCCUGACUAUUUUGUUAUACCAUUAUCAUAUUUUUCUUUUUUAUUAUUUUUAAUGCUUGGAUUUUUAAAGUUGUAUUAUUCCCAUUUUUAUCUAAAAUUUGCUUUAUAUGUACUUAAUUUUCUUACUUUUCUAAGUUUGUUGUCAAUAUUACUCUUAUUUUAUUUAAAACGAAAAAAUUUUAGAAAGUUUGACUUCCUGAGCAUACCUGAUUCGGCCUAUAAGAGAACAUUUUCAUUAGAGAGAUUAAAAAAAUUAUAA